AUGUCGCCAUCAGUAACGGGCCGUGAGAAAAAUAUAGAACACAAGUUCGUUUUAAGCGAACUGUCGAGAAGAGGCGGGGUUUUGCUGAGUGUAGCUAUUCCUUUAUCACCAAAUAUAAUGAUUGCAGGCACUAAGCUGGAUUUUAUCACCUAUCAUUUUGAUUCUUACCAACAAAAAUGGCUGUCUGAUACAAAAAUGUAUUGGCUUCAACUUGCAUCCUACCUGUUGUAUUAUUUAUUAUUUAUAAUAAACUGUUGUGAAGCUAAUGAAAGUAUUGCUGUACUAGCAAAUGAUGUCAGUAGAGAUGAAAAAAAGUUUCUAAUUUACGACGUCAAUUACGGCGAAGGAUUUAACUUGCGUCGUGAUGUUUUUAUGAGAAUAGCAAAUACAGUUAGGAUUUUGCGAGAACGUGGUUAUAAUUAUGUGCUUGUAUUACCGCCAUGGGGUGGCCUUUAUCAUUGGCGAAAACAUCACUUGAAAGUACCUUGGUCGAAGUUUUUCCACAUUCAAAGUAUCAAUGAAUUUGUUCCCGUGAUUGAAUUCCAUAGGUUUUUAAAAGAAACGAAUUACGAUGUUAUCGAUGAAGUACUAUAUUUACAAGGUUAUGCAGAAGGAUGGACGGGUGGGAAAUAUGAAAUUAAAUAUGAUCAGCGGAAUUGCAUCAUUAAUGAUCCUCACUACAAAUUCAUUGGUGGUCUUUGGAAAGGCUGGUUUUUUUCAUUUGAAAAUAUAUAUGCUCGCAAAUUUUCAUGCAUUUCGAUACAAGGUGAUUCAGAGACAUUGGCCAAUAUGAUUCAAAGAGAUCAUCAUCAUGCGAAUUCAUUGAUGAUUGAUCGCGCAGAAACAGUGCUUCAUUCACAUUUUGGUGACUUUUAUUACUGGGAAGCGAGGCGCUCCAUGCGCUACGCAGAGCAUCUUCGUCUUGUUGCUGAUGAAUUUAGGCAAAAACGAUUGAAUUCAAAUGAUCGGAGAGAUGGAACUCUGAUUUCUGAUUCAUGGAAGACAACAAGGAAAGAGCACGGCGAAGCGCAAGGAGGGGACUAUAUUUGUGUUCACUGGAGACGUCGUGAUUUUGUGCGGUCUCAUAGCGCUGAUAUACCAUCUAUCAGUGGCACCGCCGAGCAGAUUGUUGUGAUUCUGCGAAAAGAAAACCUUACCACUCUCUAUUUAUGUACCGACGCUUCAACUGCGGAAGUGGCCACCCUUACCAGUCUCUUGCCAUAUGAUGUACAAGUUGAACGAUUUCUAAACGACUCAUCUUUGAAUGAUGGAGAAGUCUCCAUUGUUGAUCAGUGGAUAUGCGCACAUGCCCGUUAUUUCAUUGGUACUCAUACAUCAACUUUCUCAUAUCGGAUACAGGAGGAUAGGGAAAUCUUGGGCUUUGAACCAGCGAAAACAUUUAACCGACUAUGUCCCGAUGGUGAAACUGAUUGUGAACAGCCCGCCAAAUGGACAAUAGUUUAUAAAGAAUCACCCAGUCGUUAUUGA